AUGUUGAAGAAGGCCAGGAAGGCUUGUGCCGAUUCUCUCCCUCACAAGGAUAAGAAAGAACAUGAUACCAGACCUCACAAUUGUGAAUUAGAAGGCUGUCAAAUGAGUUUCAAGACAAAUGCAGAGCUUCUCCUUCACAAACGCAAUCAGUGCCCAGUCGAUGGGUGCAAUAAGAAAUUCAACUCCCACAAAUAUGCAGUACAACACCACUUUGUUCAUGAAGAUGAUAGGCCUCUCGAGUGUCCAUGGGAAGGUUGUUUAUGUCAUUUAAGUGGGCUUGGCAAGCACCUUUGCAUAUUCAAAGCAUGUAGUUUUGCUUCCUGCUGUGGUGAUGCUAUGUUCUACAUGCUAGUCAAAAUGGAUCAGGUGCGCGAAAUUGGCGACCCAGUUUGGUUGCAGACAAUGAAUAGGCCGGGGCUUUAA